GCCGAGGGAGAGCAAGAUUGGGAUGUGUGGGAAAGAAAGAAAGGAUGUGUUUGCAGCUGAGGUUUGCAAAGAACAGGAGACGUGUUCUUCAUGGCAGAAACUGCAGAGGAGAAGGUCCUUGCGCCUACAGGGAGGAGACUGUGUGGAGGGACAGAGAAGGCCAGUGCUGACUGACAGUGGGAGCCAAAGGGCACUGGAGAGACAAGAUAGGCAAGAGCAAGCCCAUGAGGCAGGUUUUGAAACCAGGAAGGCAAUUUCAGUCUGGCUCCUGAAAUGGAUGGGAAGCCGGUGGAGCUGGAAGAGGACUGGGGUGACGCAUUCAUGCUUCUGUACAUGUGGGAAGGCAGGGAGCAGCAUUGUGCACACACUGAAGUCUGGAGGGCUGGGACUUCAGCAGGCAAUAGGAGAGGUAGACACCUAGCCAGUGAAUUAUCCUUCCUAAUACCCAUUUAUAAUGAGUGAGUGAGAUGCAGGAAACGUUCAGCAGGAACAGCAAUUACUUCUUGCUUCUGCUCAACACCACCACUUACCGUAUUGCCUGUCUUGUCUUUUCUCGUGCUUCAGUGCUUCAUUCAGAAAAAGAAUUCCACGAUGCAGCAAAGCGGAACGACAUAGCCAGGAUGCAAGAGCUCAUCAGGACAAGGGUUAACGUCAAAGCCAAAAACAAUACAGACAGGACUGCUCUGCACUGGGCCGCUGGAGCCGGGAACGAGCAAGCCGUGCGGCUGCUGCUGGAGCACGAAGUCCCGGUGGACGACAAAGACAGUUUUGGAAUGAACGCACUCCUCCUCUCUGCUUGGUUUGGCCAUCUGCGCGUUCUUCAGAUCCUCGUGAACGCCGGUGCCAAGAUCAACUGUGUCAAUAAGCUUGUUCUGCUGUGUUUCCAGGAAGGUCUGACUGCUCUGCACUUGGCUGUGGAGGGAGGCCACUACGACUGCGUGAAACUCCUCUUGGAAGCUGGUUGUGACGUUAAUGCCCAAACCCAGAAAGCGAUGACCUGCCUUCAUUAUGCAGCUCUCCAUGGCUAUGAAGACAUGGCCAGGGUCCUUAUUGAUGCAAGAAUCUACAUAGAUGCAGUUAAUCAUCAAAAUGCAUCAGCUGUGCACAUUGCAGUGCUGCAGAACUUCCCAGCCAUCGUUAAACUCCUCAUCGACACAGAGUGCAACCUGGACAUCCCGGAUAACAGGCAGCAGACACCACUCCAUAUCGCUGCAGAACACGGGAGACAAGACAUAGCUGAGAUGAUUCUCAUAGCAGGAGUUAACCUGAAGUUAAUUGAUAAGCAAGGAAAAACAUCCCUGGAUGUAGCUGCCCGGGGUAACCAUAUCAACUUGGCGGACAUGAUUAUCAAAGCGGAUCGGUUUUACAAAUGGGAGAAGGACAAUCUCAGCAGUGACUCCGACUCCUGGGUGGCAAAACACUUAACCUUUAAACAAGAUCACAGGCUGGAAACGCAGCACAUUCGCUCAGUGAUGUGGAGAUUAGCUACUAAAUACCUCAAACCCAACGAAUGGAAGAAGCUUGCACAUUACUGGAAAUUCACUGAUGCACAUAUCAGAGCCAUUGAGCAGCAGUGGGCAGGUACUAAAAGCUACAGGGAGCAUGGCCACAGAAUGUUGCUUAUUUGGCUUCAUGGUGUGAUCAUGGCAGGAGACAAUCCAAUCAAAGGACUAUAUGAAGGCCUGGUGGGGAUUUGUAGAAGAGACUUAGCAGAAAGUAUUAGGAAAAAGGCAAAUGCAGAAUCCACUUCUCCAAGGAAGUGUACAGCAAUGUAACGACUGAAGGGGAAAUGACUGUACGAUGCUGCCUCUGCUGACUUUUUCUUAGAACUACAGCGAUUGAACCUGAAGCAUUCAACUCUUCACCAAAAAGUGGCCAUAAAACUUUUAAGGGCUUCUUGUCAUGACAAGUGGCACUUCUGCUGCUUCCACUUGAGAUCAGGUAAACUAGGAGACACAUCAGCACAUGCUAAUAAUUUUAAAACAUCUUUAUAUCAGUGUGGGGUUUAUUUGCUGUUUCAUAGAUGCUGGUGACUAUAAUACAAGCUAAGUGAAAAGUCUCAUUUGUGAUACUGUGACUACGUUUCAAUCAGGACUCUGAUAUUCUUUUACUGUAAUUUGUUUACAUCUCGUUUUUUGUAUGUAUAAUUUUUUUUAAUUGUCUUUUAUAAGUUACAAAGGGGAGAACCUUUCUAUUUAACAUGUAGUAAGAUGUGUUCUUUACCCAAACAUCUUCAGUUUUUGUCCAUGUCACCUGUGGUUUACUGUGGGAGGAAUGCUCAAUUGUUUAGCUGCUGGUGUCGUUACAUUUGUUGGGGGGGGGGGUGUUGGG